AAUAUUAUUGAUUUUAGUUACUAAAUAUAGAAAAUAAGUUAUGUUUUAAAUUAUCUUUUCUUAAAAAAAUAUUUUAACAGAUAAAUCAUUUUUCAAACAAAACAUCUCAACUACUAAAAAAUCAGGCAGCCAUCACAUCCAUGAUUUGUCUUCUUCGGAAGAGAUCUGUAACAUGCUUCAUUAUAUUACAAGUUCCUUCUUGUCAUGAAAUCCUAUCCGAUUAAUACAAGCAAUAAUUCUUCUUGUCAGCCUUGUGCGUCUCUCUCUCUUUCUCUCUCUGCUCCAAUGGCUGAAACACUGUCCAGCAGAGUAACAAGCGUCAAAAAAAUAGCUGAAACGCCUGGGCUCACCACCAUCCCUUCCACUUACACCUUCACCUUCAAUUCCCAUGACCAAGUUGUUUCAGACACAGAAGAGCCAGUACCCGUCAUAGAUUACUCUCUUCUUAUUUCAAAUAAUCCUCAUCAACGGUCCAAAAUCGUUCAUCACCUUGGCAAAGCCUGUCAGGAAUGGGGAUUCUUCAUGGUGAUCAAUCAUGGAGUACCAGAGAGAUUAAUGAGAUCAAUGACCGAUUCAUGUAGAGAAUUUUUUGAUCUGCCGGAGGUGGAGAAGCAGGAGUAUGAAGGUAAGCAUGUAUUAGACCCAAUACGGUGUGGCACCAGCUUUAAUACUUCAGUGGAGAAGAUCUUUUCUUGGAGGGAUUUUCUCAAGAUCUUUGUACAUCCUGUGUUUCACUCACCCAGUAAACCUGCUGGAUUCAGAGAGAAUCUGUUAGAAUACUCCAAAAGAGUGAGAGAAGUAGCAAGAGAAUUAGUAAAGGGAAUAUCAGAGAGCCUGGGGUUGGAAGCCAAUUACAUAGACAAGGCACUGAAUUUGGAGCAAGGACUACAGAUCAGUAUAGCAAAUUACUACCCACCUUGCACACAGCCAGAGCUUGCAAUGGGGCUGCCCUCUCACUCAGAUCAUGACCUCUUGACUAUUCUAAUACAAAAUGGAGUUACUGGCCUUCAAGUUCAACACAAAGGGAAGUGGGUCAAUCUAAAUUGCUACCCCAACUCCUUUCUGGUUAACAUUGGCGAUCAACUUGAGAUUUUGAGUAAUGGGAAGUAUAAGAGUGUUGUACAUCGAGCAGUUGUGAACAAGGAAGCUGCGAGAAUAUCCAUAGCCAUGUUUCAUGGACCAUCACUAGAUUCAGUUGUUAGUCCUGCACCAGAGUUGCUAGACCGAGAAGGCUCUGCACCAGCUUACAUUGGCAUCAAGUAUAAACAAUACCUGGAGUUUCAGCAGAGCAACAAGCUGGACGGCAAAUCGUGCUUGGAUCAAGUAAGAAUUUAAGGUCUAGCUGCUAGAGUUUUGAAGCCUGGUGGAGUUGAGGGGUUUGUGAAAUUAUGGUUAAAUAUAUGUUAGUUCAUGCCAAGUUGAGAAAUGUGUGUGUGUGUGUUUUUUAACAAACGUUGAAAACUUCAUGUUGUUCUAUCUAUACAUCUACAAAAGAAGCAUCAAGGGUGUGCAUGAUCUGGAUUUUAAA